AUGUCUUCUCCCAUGUUGAGAGCGUUGGCCGCCGCUGCCAUGCUGGCGAUGGCCCAGGCCCAAGGUGUCAUCCUCGCUGCGCAAGGUCCCAGCGGCCCCGCCAGCCCAGGACUGCUAGUCAACCCUAACAAGGCGGAUGCGAACAUUAUCAACCAGAAGGAGAUUACCAACAACGCCGUCAACGAGUGCGGCCGGACCAUCCUCGCGGGUAACAUUGAUAUUGGCGAGACCACAGAGGACCAGCUGGGCAACAAAACUGUUACGCAAGUUACGAAGGGCUCCAACGUUGAUGUCACCAUUGCCCAGGUCAGCGCGGACGGCGCCGGCCCGUACAGCUGCGAUCUCGACCUCACCAGCAACGCCAACGGAGCCACGGGUCAGACGAAGCUGCAGGUCCAAGAAUCAGGGGCCCAGAGUGGACAAAUCAAGCUCAAGGUCACCAUGCCGAACGACUUGGCUUGCGUAGGAGCCUCUACUGGCGACGUCUGCACCGUCCGCUGCUUCAACGCCAACGCAAAGGGCCCCUUUGGCGGCUGCUUCGCCGUCCAGCAGACCGACACGAAGCCCAAGCAGAACACCCCCGGCAACAUCCCCACCGCCCAGACCCUCAAGGGCGUUCUGUCACAGGUCCAGCAGAAUAUUGUCGACCUCCCCGCCGCCGUCAAGUCAAACCAGGAGGCAAAGACCCAGGACGAGCAGGGCCUCACCGCCAUCAAGGAGAUUCUCGGCAACACAGCCACCUCAGAGGCCGCUGGCCCUGCCGGCUCCGGUGCCAACACUGGCAACAACAACAAUAACAACAACGGCAAUAAGAACAACAACAAUGGCAAUGGAAAUGGCAAUGGGAGACAGAAUGGUCAGGGCAACCGCAAUGGCGGAAACAAUAACGCCAACACGGGCAACAACAACGCCAACACGGGUAACAAUAACGCCAACACCGGGAACAACGGAGGCAACGGACGUAACAGGGGCAAGAACAAUGGCAACGCCAACGCCCAAACGGGCGGAAACAACGGCAACGGCAAUGGUAAAGGCGCAUUGCCGUUGGCAACUGUUGGCAAGGGCAAUGGCAACCGCCAGAACCAGCAGAACAGCAACAAUGGCAACGGCAACACCGGCAACGGCAACAACAACAAGCGUGAGGAGGCACCAGGGAACAUGCUCCGCACGCGCUGGGCCAGGAGGAACCUUCGCCGCCGCAGCGACUAA